AUGCAAGCCUUCAGAAACCUCUUCAAGAACGACCUCGUCCUCGUAGGCACAAACCUCACCGUUGUAGCCGGCUUCGCGACAUAUCUUGGAUCUCGGGUGACGAAGAAGCUGGACCACAUGGAGGAGGAGCAGGAGGCGCGCUUGGACGAGAUAGAAGGAACGCUACGCGGCCACAUUGGGCUGAUUGAGGACUCGCUGGACAGGAUCGAGGGAAAACCGAAUGCUGGAAAGCAAGAGAAAUUGUACAAUCAGAGGACGAGAGACGAGAAGGGAGGUGGGAAGGGGCAGGACAAGUAG